AUGGCUGGUCCUGCACCUGUGCGUCCUCCCGUGGACCGGUACAAUUCGGUCGAGGACUAUCACAACCACUACGGCAACCAAGCCUCCAAUGACACCCUUGGCGGCGAAGGCGGCGAGCACAACGAGAAGCGAGGCAUUUCCCCCAAUCGACAUGCCGACAUGACACAGCUCAAUGACGACCUCGAGCUCCUCCGUGCCGAGCAGCUCAUCUCGAAUCAAGAGCACGACCUGGAGUUAAAACAGUCUCGGUCCCGCAAUCGCGCGCACAAUGCUGUACCCGAGGACGCCUUCAAUCAGAUCGACGACAUGCAUGGGCCCGAGAAGAAAAGAAACGAAGACGCUGCCCUGUACAAGCUAUGGACUUUUUUGAGAAAGUUCCCUCGUUUCAUUCGCUACAUUGCCUACAUGCUACCCGUCGCUCUUCUGCUGCUGCUUCCCGUGCUCCUCGGUGCCUUCGCCGUGGACCAGAGACGCCAUGCGGUCGGAGGCAACGGAGGCGUUAAUCUGAUGUGGUUCGGCAUUUGGCUCGAGAUUGUCUGGUGCUCCCUCUGGGUGUCUCGCAUGAUCACAAACCUGCUGCCGCCUAUCAUGCAGGCCCUCUGUAAAAUGGGAGGCUCGACCAGCCCGAAAAAGUGGAAGGAUGUUGGCUCCCAGUUGGAGCUGCAUGCCGCCAUGUUUCUCUGGUUCUUGGCCAUUCUCGUCUCCUUCAAGCCCACCACAGCCCAAAAGCGCGUGGCGCCCAUAGGCGGCGAUGACAAGGCCGACUCGCAAAACUGGAUCGACAUCCUCUACAAGGUCAUCAUUGCUCUCUUCGUCCUCUUCACCCUCAACUUUAUCGAGAAAAUCAUCAUCCAGUGGAUCGCCACCUCUUUCCACCAGCGUACAUACGCCACCCGCAUCGAAAACAACAAAGGCGACAUCCGACAGCUCGUGCAGCUAUUCGAGCAUGCCAAAGCCAAGCUCGAAGACACUGACACUUUUCUCAAGGCCGAGGGCGCGCGCGUCAGCGGCGCCCAGACGCCCAUGCGCGUCUUCCACGAGAACGCUCGCAACGUCCUCGGCAAGGUCGGAUACGUCGCUGGCAAGGUCGGCAACGAUUUGAUUGGCCGCAAAGUCAAUGAAAAUCAGCCGCGCAAGGUUGUCACCGAGCUUCUGCGCAGCACCACCUCUGCUCAUACCCUGGCCCGCCUCAUCUACCGCAGCUUGGUCCGCUCAGACCGUGACACUGUUCAUAUGGAAGAUAUUCGAGAAGUCUUUGAAACUGACGAGGAAGCCGAUGCCGCUUUCAUGGUCUUUGACAAGGACCUCAACGGCGACAUUUCCAUUCAAGAGUUCGAAGCGGUAUGCAACGAAAUCCAUCUCGAGAAAAAGGCUAUUGCAGCCUCGCUCAAGGAUCUUGACUCUGUUAUCCAGAAGCUUGAUAAAGUUUUUCUGUUCAUCAUUGUCAUCAUAUCCAUCAUCGUCUUCAUCUCCAUUCUUUCGGGUUCUGCCGCGGCUGGCCUCGCUUCCGCUGGUACCUCUGUUCUCGGCCUUGCCUGGAUGCUUCAGGCCACAGCACAAGAGUUCCUCCAGUCCAUCAUCUUUGUCUUUGUCAAGCAUCCCUUCGAUGUCGGUGAUCGUGUCACUAUCUAUGGCUCCACUGGCGACAAAAUGACUGGCGACGACUACUACGUCACUGAGAUUUCGCUCCUCUACACCGAGUUCAAGAAGAUGCAGGGCCAUAUUGUGCAGGCCCCCAACUCUGUGCUCAACAACCUGUUUAUCCUCAACCAGAGACGAUCCAACGGCCUUGCCGACCCUAUUCCUCUGGUUAUGCGUUUCGGUACACCAGUGGAAAGGAUUGAUGAGCUCAAGGCCCGCAUGCGCAACUUCUGCCUCGAGAACAAGCGUGAUUACCAGGCCACCAUUAUUUCAGAAAUGGUUUCCAUUGACCAGCUACGCUCAUGCACCAUGAAUAUCAUCUUCUUCCACAAGACCAACUUCCAAAACGAACUGCUCCGUCUCAAUCGACACAACAGGUUCGUUACGGAACUCAUGGCGCAGAUGCUCGAGGUUGGCAUCCAGGCUCCCAUGCGCAUCGAACCCGGUGGCAGCCGCGACACGCCCAUGUACUGGUCCAGCAUGCCUGCCCCUCCCGCCUACGGCAAGGAGCAAGACGGCGACUACCAGGGCGGCGAUGACCAGCACAAGCCUGGUUUUGCGCCGCUGCGCAAGCCGUCUGUUCAAAGAACGCACAAUACUCCUCGUGAAAUGACCAUUUUGGAGGAAGAGGCCGCCCAGAUGAGCUUUGGCGAUGUAUUUGAGAGCCGCCGCGACCAGGCUCUCGCGCGCAGAAUGGCCUCCAUUCGCGAAAAGGACAGAGCUGAGAGAGCUGCGGAGAAUGCCGACUCGGAACCUCGCGGUUCGACAACCUCGGCGGCGUUGCAUAGAUCCUCAACAGAGUCGCACCGGGCGCGUUUCUUCACGCGCCCUCGACGCGAUACGACCACCUCUCGCCAUUCUCGCCAUGACAAUGAGAUGGUGUAA